AACAUCUGUUACUAAAGUAAUCAAAUUUCAGCAGAAAAAGCAGUCUGUUCUCCACCGAUAUAAUUACUACAAUUACUCCAUCGUAAAACUCUCUCUCUCUCUCUCUCUCUCAUCGUGCAUGCUCCUUGAUAUCCACAGCAUACAUCUUUUACAGCAUUUUCUCAGUUCAUAAUGGGAAUCUCUCCUUUCUAUACACACUACCCGUACAUAUAGAUAGACAAGUAUAUCAACCUAUUCUUCUUUUCUGUCCUGUUUUGUUCCCAAAAAAACUGUUGAAUUUUGCCUCGCUCAUCUUUCCCUUGUAGGAGCAUCUUUCCCUUUGGAGUUUUCCUUUCUGUUGCUAAUGAUGGCUUCAUUCUCCUUGUUUCUUUCUCUUUCUCUCGAAUCUUGUAGUUCGUAGUUGAUACUAUUACUUAUUCCUUCCUUUAUAAUCAGGUAUUCGGCCCACCUGCGCGUAUCUCGACUAAUCCUGAAAUCAUUCCUCAAUUAAUUGGCAUCGUCUCUAAUGGUUCCUCUUUACUUUCCCAUGUGAUUCUCCUGUACAUCUUCAUCAACUUUUGUCAGCUUUCAAUCCUAAUGGGUAUUACUACAGGUUGUUCAACUGCUCAUAAUUAUUGUAUUUAGUGCACUUUUCAAACUUUUGUAGGUUUUUACAGUUGUUCAUGAUUUCCCCCAUCUGGGUGUUCUUUUUUUCCCUCGUUACAACCACCCUUUUCCCAGUAAAUUCGCGGGUUUGUAAUUAUACUUGAGAAGAACUUAUGCUUUACCUUUCACUCAGUUGAAUAGUUUGAUGUUGAAAUUGCCAAAAUAACCUCAAUUGGAUCACUGUUUCUUGUAAGAGAAUCUAGAAGAGGAGUAUUUGAUUCAGGAACCAACUUGAUUGUAGUAUCUCAAAGGGGUUUAGAGUUAGUUUUUUCAAUUGCCAACUAAUGCCUCCUCCUUCAUACUUUCCUCUCCGGUGGGAAAGCACCGGAGACCAGUGGUGGUACGCUUCCCCGAUAGACUGGGCAGCUGCCAAUGGCCACUAUGACUUGGUAAGGGAGCUCAUCCGUUUAGACGGCAAUAACCUCAUCAAACUCACCUCUCUAAGGCGAAUCCGCCGCCUCGAGACCGUGUGGGAUGAUGAGGCACAGUUCGAUGAUGUGGCCAAGUGCCGCUCCCAAGUCGCCCGGAAGCUCUUUUCCGAGUGCGAAACCAAGAGGGAGAGGGAGAAGAAUUCGCUAAUCCGGUCCGGGUACGGGGGUUGGCUUCUAUACACCGCCGCCUCGGCUGGGGACUUGGGUUUUGUUCAAGAACUCCUCGAAAUAGACCCUUUGCUUGUUUUCGGGGAAGGAGAAUAUGGGGUGACCGAUAUACUGUACGCCGCGGCGAGGAGUAGGAACUGUGGGGUUUUUAGGCUUGUUCAUGACUAUGCAGCCUCGCCGCGGUUUGUGGCGGGCGAGGGGAGAGAGGUGGAGGAGAGUAUUGGGGAGAUUCCCGCAGCUUAUAAGUGGGAGAUGAUGAAUAGAGCUGUUCAUGCUGCUGCAAGAGGGGGGAAUUUGAAGAUUUUGAUGGAACUUGUUGGUGAUAAUGUCUCUGAUGUUUUGGCUUUUAGAGAUAUGCAGGGAUCUACUAUCUUGCAUGCAGCUGCUGGAAGAGGUCAGGCAGAGGUAGUGAAAGAGCUUAUAGCAUCCUUUGAUAUCAUCAACGCCACAGACAAUCAAGGAAACUCAGCACUGCAUGUAGCUGCUCACAGAGGCCAAUUACCUGUGGUUGAGGCCCUAAUUCAGGCAUCUCCCUCUUCCAUCUAUCUAAGAAACAACGCAGGAGAAACUUUCCUUCAUAUGGUCAUGUCCGGUUUCAAAAAUCCCAGUUUCCACAGAUUGGAUCGACAGAUUGAGCUCGUGAAGCAAUUAGCAUCAGGAAAAUUGUUUAACACAGAAGACUUCAUAAACGCCAAAAACAACGAUGGUAGAACCGCUCUUCACGUGGCAGUCGUCGGAAAUAUUCAUUCUGAUUUAGUGGAGCAACUGAUGACCGUCAGAUCAAUUAACGUGAACAUCCGCGAUUCAAAUGGCAUGACCCCCCUUGAUCUGCUCAAGCAACGGCCACCAUGUGCCUCAUCUGAUAUACUAACAAGACAUUUGAUUUCAGCAGGGGGGAUUUUCAGUUCUCAGGAUUAUUCAGCGAGAAAAACGAUUGCUUCCCAUUUAAGAAUGAGAAGUAUCGGAAGCCCAGGGACUUCCUUUAGAAUCUCAGACACAGAAAUAUUUUUGCACACGGGCAUCGAAAAUGCCUUGGAUGCCACAUCAACUGAAGUGACUCAACAUGACACAACUACAGAAACCCCCAAUGUAUCAAAUUCAACUCAGAAGAAACCAGAUUCUGUAGAUUAUGCAGCAAAACGUUUGAAAGGAGAUUAUGCAGCAAAACGUUUGAAAGGCUUCUUUCGUUGGCCGAGAACAAAAGGAAGGAAAAAUGAGAGGGUAAAAGCUGAAGAAAGAACUUCAGUUAGUACGUUGGAUGAAACUCCAAUUCCACUUCGCCAACGAUUCUCAAAGUCCUCGUCGCUUCCUAACAACAAACGGACACUUUCAGUGAGAAGUAACCUUCCAAGUCCAACCGCAAAGAAGAAACUCGCGUCAGGAUUAGUGCACGGUGUAAUGCAGGCCAUGCCACAGCACGCUGUUCCACGACGAUCAAGAUCGAGUUCGUUUUCAAAGUCAUCCGCGUCCUCAUCCAAUUCCUGGGAAAAACAAAAAAGUGUUAGUAUCGAGAGUGCUGAUAUUGUAGGACCUUCUUGGUCGAACCAGAUGUCGGAUGAAGGAACACCGACUUCGGUCCACAAGCAGCGGUCAGUUAAUAGGAGUUUGAUAAACAUUUGCUUCGGUGGGUCGAGUCUAUCUGCAAAAGAACCCAUUGGCGAGCAAGAUCUUUAUGCUGUAUCAGUGGCUUGAUCAGAACGAAAAGAAGAGACUGAUUUGAUCCCUCCAGUUCCGCGGUAAAGAAGAGCAAUAAAAAUCCUCCUUACGGAUAUGUCAAGGGGAUGGAAUUCUAAGAGAUGUUGUUCCUGAGUUUGCCUUGAAUGUACUUGUGCGUCCUACUUCCAGAAAGACUCCCGUCCAGACGACCAAGCACGCAAAGCAAAAUCAACAGGCUUGAUGGCUGAUGCAGACACAGAACGGAUGCGUUUUAAGUUGGCUUGAUUCGGUUUUUAGGGAUUUUAUGUAUGAAGUUGUAUUGUGAGUUCUAAGGUUUGUUCCUUGAUAUUGUUGCCUCUUGGAGAGUUACAUAUGUAGUAGCCAGCUCUUUGUAUUCUCUUAUCAUUCGUAGUGAAUCAAUAUUUAUUGCUUUUUGCCCGCUGAUGUAAAAUUAAGCUCUGGAGGAAUCAUGUAAAUCCUUGUGUUCUUGCA